AACCAUGGACCAGAGCAAAACUGUCUUGAUGGACCGGCCACCGGUGUACUCUGAGUUGUUGCCCCUUCCUGGCAUCCCGUGUCUCGGCAGCUUCAAGAAGCUCUUGUGCGUGGUCCUGGUGGUAGUCGUCUUGGUCGUGGUUCUACUUGGAGUCCUUCUGAUGGGGCUGCACAUGAGCCAGAAGCACACAGAGACAAUUUUCCAAAUGUCUCUGCAUGAGGGAACUGAAGGCGCUCUCCGAAGGGAAGGUGUCGCUACUUUUCACUUGGAUACCGGCAUCAAUAACUCAGCUAGCGUGGUUUACGAUUACAACAAGUUGCUGAUCUGCACCCGUCCCCACCCCGGACGCGCAUGUUACAUCACACGUAUGGAUCCAGAUCAGGUGCAAAGCCUUCAGAGCAUUGCCGAGAAUGUGCUCAGCAAGGUUGGACAGAAAGAAGGUGCCUCCCUAGAGCUGAUGUCUGACUUGUCCAUGUUGGGUACCUCCAUUCGGGUGUUGUGUGGGCAGCUCCCCGUGUACUGGGCCUGAGAGCUGGGCUUCGCUAUUUCUGCUUCCAAAUCUAGUGUGACCCGUAUGCAGUGUGACCUGAUUACCCCACGGGACCUCUUUACAUGAUGAUACCUCCACACACACACGCACACACUGUGUAAAUACCCAGAACCUCCACAUGCAGGGUAUGAGCUGUUACCUCCACACACACCUUCAUUUUCUCCUGACCUGAGACCACGUCUCACAAAUGCUGACACAAUACUAGUGAGACCGUCACAAACAGACAGAUUAUAAGCGUUGACCAUCCAUAGACUGUCUUUGGUCCCAAAGACGAUGUAAACCCCGUGUGUCCUGUUCUCCUAUGGUGCUUCUACCCUAUUCCGUAGAAUUAGGAGGUCUUCUCAUCAGUCAAUGCCCAUCCAUCCUUCCUGUGACUUCCUUGUGUGAUUCCAAUACCCGUCUUUGUUCGCUACCUAAAGACAGACCCCCCCACGAUCGUAGACUGUCUCCCGGGUGCUGUAAAUACAGGUGUAUUCAUAAUGGUUUCGGGGUUUCUUUAUCUCUGAUUGUAUAAUGGAAACUUUUAAUGAAAAUCACGUUUCUGAAAAAUAAAAUAUUCCGCAUUCA